UGGCAACAAACUGAAUUUCAAUUUACUGUGUUUUGUCAACAUUUGUUGUAUUUUGAUUGAUUGUAUUUCCACUUUUUUUCAUUUAGUUCCAAAAUUCUGUCAUAUGUACUAAUUUUAAACUAUCUUCUGGCUCUCUGAAUCACACAAGAUGGACAAGAACGAAAAGAAUGAGAAAGAAUCAUCCCGAGAUUUUGGUGUUAUUACCUCCAUUCUUAAUGAGAUGGGAAUAAAUGAUUAUGAACCUAAGGUUGUGAAUCAAUUGCUGGAAUUCACUUACAGAUAUGUUACAACGGUUUUGGAAGAUGCUCGAAUCUAUUCUCAAUAUGCUGAGAAAAAAGUGAUUAGUGUUGAUGACGUUAAAAUGGCCAUUCAAUCUCAAUCGGAAAAGAUGUUGACACUUCCUCCACCGCAAGAUUUUCUAAUGGAAAUAGCUCGUACCCGAAACAAUCAACCACUUCCUCCAAUCAAAUCAAUUGUUGGACCUUGUCUGCCACCUGAUCGUUACAGCUUAAUCUCAUGUAAUUACAGUUCUAAAAAACGUAAAUUUUCAUAGAAUUAUUCAAUAAACAAAGCGCGAGUGUAAACAAA